AUGGGAUACAGGGCGGGGACCAGGGCGGAUCCGAACGCAAUAACACCCCAGCAAGCGCGGACGGCAUUCGCGAGAUACUGCAAAAAGAUAGACGUGACGAAGGAGGAGCUAGCGUGGAACUUUGGAUGCAUAUCGGCAAGCCAAAAUAACGAGCAGGAGGCUGUCCUGGAUGAGGAUAUAAACUGGGACGACGCAGCGGAGGGGAUAGGCGAGGGAAUCGAGGGACCGGAGGGCUUUCGCGACAGCGACGAUGACGACGAAGAAAGGGGAGGGGACGGAGGGGCGACACGCAGGAGGAGCGAAAUCGCUAACGGCCCGAGCAGAGAGGGCGACGGCGGGGCACGAGGGAACAACGGAGACGCUACCGAUGACGCGAACCGAGGCACGGACGCCGGCGGGGACGGGGAGGGCGACAGCGACGUCGAGGUUGACGCAACCGUAUCGAGAGCGCCACCCAAAAAGGGGCGGACAGCCAUGGAGGUCACCGAAUGGAGGGCGAACGGCACGAUGCGAAAAGGCAGGGCGAGGCGGAUGGAGAAAGAAACCGCGAGCAGACAGCGCCUGCUGGCCAUUUCGAGACAUUCGCCAAGAACGCUAGCUACAUGGGAGGGCUUCGUGAAGGAUGGAUUGAAAAACAUUCGAACAAAGAAGAGGCGACGGGAGGAACCGGCGGAGGAUGCAGCUGCUGCUGGGCCGGCAGACUUGCACGUGAGAAACGCAUGA